AUGAGCGGCGAGAUCGAUGCCGUCUACAUAUUCGACGAGCAGAAUGCCCCGCUCGUUGAGCAUGUAUAUCGAUCCCGCCCGCCUUCGGCCUCCGCCAUCCUGCCCCUCUACCUUGCCCAUGCUGCCCCACGCCCUUCUCUACUGUACAUUCCCAGUGCUUCACCGCCGGUAACGGUGUUCUCAACGGUUGAGUCAAACUUGUUGUUUCUGGCGAUAAGCGAAGUCGACACGGAACCACUGCUCGCAUUAGAGUUCCUGCAUCGAGUGAUUGAUGUACUUGAGGACUUUGUUGGGGCACCGCUGCUAUCAACUAAGAUCCAAUCAAACUAUGAUGUUGUUGCGCAACUGCUCAGUGAAAUGUGUGAUGGCGGAACGAUAUGCAAUACCGAACCGAAUGCCUUGCAACAAGUUGUUGAGGUUCCCGGCUGGAUGGGCAAGCUACUAGGUGGAAUUGGUGUUCCUGGUACAUCUACACCAACUUUGGGUUCGAGCAACCCUCUGAAGCAAUCACUCGCCGCUGCCAGUGCAUCGCAAGGCCCUGCCAUUCCCUGGAGGCGCCCCGGUGUUCGACACACAUCCAAUGAGCUCUAUGUCGACAUCAUCGAAUCAUUGAAUGUCACCAUGGCUCCCUCUGGACGAUUACUCUCCGCGCUAGUCUCCGGAACCAUCGCAUUUACUGCGAAGAUCUCAGGGGUUCCAGAUCUGCUACUUUCAUUAUCAACACCAGGUGGUCAGCAUGCCCUUGGCCGCAAGAUUGAGCUACCGGUAUUUCAUCCAUGUGUUCGACUAGCUCGGUGGAAAGAACGGCCUGGAGAGCUCAGCUUUAUACCCCCAGACGGACGAUUCAUCUUGGCUGGCUACGAGGUGGACCUCCUUCCUAUAGACCCUGAUCUGGAUGAGGCACCAAGUCAUAUGGAAAAGCUUUUCCUGCCUGCGAUUGUAGACAUUCGCAAGUCACUAGGAUCGUCCGGGUCUGAAUUCGAAGUUCGGUUGACACUGAACACGAAUUUCCCUGGUCAAAGUUCGUCCUCCCGACCUGGGGUCGGUCGAAAUGGAUCAGGUUCAUCAACGCCAUCAUUCCUAGGCGGCGGAGGUGGUAACUCUGCCCCGGUGCUCGAAGAAGUUGUCGUUAAUGUACCAAUAUCCAAAUACGUCAGACAUAUCACGGAUAUGCAGGCCAGUCGUGGUGAUGCCCAAUUCACCCACUCAAGCGGCCUCCUUGAGUGGCGGAUUCCCACCGGCAAGGAUGCCGGAUCAUUAUCUGGGACUGCCACAUUACGCUGUACAGUCUCGGGCUACCCCUCGGCCGACGAUGACCUCGACAGUCUCGAGGACGCCGAUGAAGACGCCAACGCCAAUCUCCUACAGGGCUACUACGAGGCCCCGACCUCAUACAAUGACGCAUCAGCCAGCACAUCCAAGAAAACCCGAUCUUCCGACCCCUCUAAACGCAAAAAGAAGAAGAAGAAGUCGACAAAGAAGUCGCGCUCUGCUCUGCACCCAGAGGACGCCGAAGAGGACCCUACCCAGGCGACUUCCCCAUCGCCCAGCCACUCUAAACCCCAGACACCUACGCCACCACCCCAAACUCAAUCAUCAAACUCUCAUCUCCCUGCAUUCUUUGCUCCAUCUACAUCCCGCCCCGCUCGCAGAACCAAGGCUCAAGUCAACGCAAGCUUGAUGCCAAAUUCUGCAUCAGUCUCCUUCUCCGUGCGAGGCUGGCUACCUUCGGGUAUCAAAGUUGACAGUCUCAACAUUGAUCAGCGCCGGAGUCGUGGCUUGGGCGAGAGUGUCAAGCCUUACAAGGGUGUCAAGUACCUUUGCGUAAGCAAUCGCGGCGUGGAACGGCGCUGCUGA